AUGUUUUCAUCAUUGAACAUUUUCAGCUUUCGGAAGAGGGUUUUCGACCAGGACCUUGUGACCAAAGGCUGUUGCACUUGGCCCAGUUAUGCACCUGAGGUGGUACGCCCACGGGCGCGCGAGCUCCGACACCGCCGUGGCAACGUGGAGGAACACCUUGAGCUGGUGGUGCUGUUGGUGAAAGAACUUGCAGCGGUGCAGAACACGGCCAGGGACCCCGGUGACCAACGGGUGGUGGAGAAUCAGUGGAAUGAGUUGACUUGGACUCAAUGGCUGCAGGGUCUGAAGCAGAAGUACAUUUCAGGUUGCAUCUCCUGCUGCGGCUCGGGCCUCCUGCGCUUCGGAAAUCUCUCGCCGGCGCGGCGCUGGCAUCAAGCGACCGAAUAUUUGCUGAACCAGGCCCACAAUGAGGACGGUUCGGAGGCGAAAAAAGCCUCGGGCUAUGGCCUUCCCUCCUGGUUGGGGGCAAAGCAUGAAUUCAUCAAUGACUUGCUGGAGGCCCAAUGGCCCUACAUCUCUGAAUGGUUCAACGACAUCAUGCGGAAAUCGUGUGAGCCGGCGCUUCAAGCGCUCAUGCCGACAGGGAUCACUAUCGAAUUUGGAGAGAGAUGUAGCUUGGGCACAAAGCCUGCGAUUCUGCAGAAUAUCGUGGCCAGCAAAUUCACUGAGGACCAUGGCAGCAGCAUCCGUUUGGACGCCAUGCUGAACUACCGUGGGGAUUGUCAUGUGGACGUGACCUGCACGGUGGGCAGUUUGGAACUGACUGGCUUGGAAGUGAAGGGCGAAAUCGUCAUCGAACUGGUGCGCUUGCGAAAGCAACCGCCGUGGUUUAGUGGCGUUCGUAUCUACUUCUCCAACCGUCCAAUCAUCGACUUGACGCUGCAAACCCAACUCUUUGGGAUGGAGGCGAAUUUCGCCUUUCUGAAGCAGAAAAUUGUGGAUGCUUUGACUGGAGUCAUUUCUCAUCAGGCGGUGUUACCAAACCGUUUCUGUAUUCCAAUGGGCGACGCCAUCGGCCUGGUGGACUUGAAAUCGCCCACGCCACAGGGCAUCCUGAGACUGGUGAUCCUGGAAGCCAAAGACCUUCCAGAUCCAGGUCGGUCGCACUGGUCCAAUCUGAUGCUCCGCUUCGGGCUGAGUAGCGAGGCCACGGAAGCGGAUCCCUUCGUCCAGGCAACUAUUGGUGCCCAGGUGGAGAAAACCAGCGUCAUUGAACGGAGUCGUUGGCCCAAAUGGGAGGAUGCCACCUUUGACUUUGUGAUCGAUGAUCCAAACUUGCAGAAUUUGCAUUUGGGUGUGCACGACAACGACACGGGCGCCUUUAGUUGGAAGCAGGCCGAAAUCAUGUGCUGCUCGGAGAAGAAGCUGACAGCCCUGCUGGAGGGACAAAACCUGAUUGAGGCGUUGCCGGAGAUCUGGCUCCCGCUACACAGCGGCCUGGGGAAUUUGGUGCCCUCGGGGUCGGUGAAGAUCCGAGCCGAGUGGCGGCCUUUGGGCAGCUCCACGCCCGCGCUGAACCUGGGCCCGGCGCCGGGCUUGUGGAGCAUCGGACGGAAGAAUCAACACGAGUGGCUGCUGGUGGUUGAUACGCUGAGCGCUUCGGCGUUGCCGUCACAUGGGCUUGGCCUGAAUCACUUCGUGAAACUUGGUCUUCAGUUCGACGGUGCGGAGGUGGGUCCGAGCUACGCCACAGGACAUGCAGUUGGUGCUGGACCUUUGGAGCAUGGCCGACAGUUGUUGGAACACAUGGGAGUUCGACCAGACAUUUGUCAAGUGCUCAACUCACAUCCUGAGAGGAUAUAUUCGCUCUGGCGUUCGCAAGUGCCGGCAGCCACCGCUGCCACGGACAUGGAACAGAAGGGCACGACAGUCUAUGGCCUCACUGGAGCUCCUGUUUUCGUGGACGCCGUGUGGAACCACAACUCGCGAAUCUUACUGGACUCGUUGCCCUCGAUGUCCUUGGUCUUGACGGUCCUUCGCAUGGAGAAAGGUCAGCGGAAUCCCAACGAUGGCACGGUGCUGGGCGCGGCCCAAAUGCCCCUGGAGGAGCUGUUGCAGACCCACCAGUGUCGCUUCGAGGGCCUUUUGCCGUUGGGACGUGACAAGGAGGUGCUUCGGACCUUGUCGCACGUGCAAGUGCGCUUGCGUUUACACGCCCUCGCUGCACCCCCGUCAGCUGGAAACAGCUACGCAGCCAAGCCUCUCCGGCAAUUCUCCAGGUACUACGAUGCAGUGUCAGUAAGAAAUGGCAAUUCUGCUUGGAACAAAUUACGGUCUUUGAGUUUCGGACCUCUGAAGCAGGUGGCCCCAGUGGCCCCCGAUUCGCCCAGUGAGGCAUCGGAUGGAGGAAGUUUCAUUGCUCGCCCCCCCUCCGGCCCCGCACCCAGCGUGCGGGCCGCUGGGGCGGUACGCUCUCGGCGCUUUGUGCCCGUGGAGGAGUUUUCACCGUUCCUGCAGAAAGCCAUGGUGGAAAUAGAUGAAGAAGCGAGGUGUAUUGAAUAA